AUGCCGGAUACGCCAGGGCUGAGCCAAGCGUUCUUGCUGCAGGUCGAUGCUGCCGCGGAGCCCGGAGAUGUCGGCCGCGGUGGAUUAUGGGCGUAUUGGACGGUACCUCUUGCGACCGUGCAAAUUACCAGAAUUACGACCUUCUUACCCGCUCCAUACCAUGCCUGUCCGGCUGUGUCCUGGCUUGCCCAACUCGACAAGUGA